AUGACAAUUCCUCCUCUGGUCGUAUUCGGGCCUUCGGGCGUCGGCAAGGGCACUCUCAUCAAUCGUCUUAUCAAUGACUUCCCAAUUGCUUUUGGGUUUAGUGUCUCUCAUACUACCCGCGCUCCUCGUCCUGGUGAGACAGACGGCAAAGCAUACCACUUUACAACUACCGAUAACUUCAAGAACCUCAUCUCUCAGGGCGCUUUCAUUGAGCACGCCCAAUUUUCGGGCAACUUCUAUGGCACGACCAUCCAAGCUGUAGAAGACGUCGCAGCAACAGGCAAGCGAUGCAUCCUCGAUAUCGAAAUUCAGGGUGUCCAACAAAUCAAGCAAACGCCCCUUCGCGCCACAGUCGUUUUCGUCUCCCCUCCCUCUAUGACUGCACUUAACCAGCGCUUGCGCGGUCGCGCUACCGAUUCUGAAGAUGCCAUCCAGCGUCGUCUUGCAAUCGCUCGCAGAGAGAUCGACUACGCUCGUCAACCUGGCUCAGUCGACUACGUCAUCGUCAAUGAUGAUCUUGAUACCGCAUAUCAAAAGUUAAAGAGAAUUGCAAACGGAGAGUCAGAUGCGAGUGGGGAUCAGAUGCCUCCCUUGGACGAUUAG